AUGAACCUAUCGAUUAGUCAAGACAUUUUACGGUCAGAAAAUCAUUUCAAUGUUUUAAAAAAUGAAACAUUUCCUGCAUCUAUUUCUUCCUGCUCUUUUGAAAGAAGUUUACCGGAAUGUUGCGUGUCUACUCCCGUCCAAGCUCGAAAUGGGCCGCGUUUAGAGCUUGACAAUCCAUUGGACCUUUCUUCAUCUGCUGUUUUGACCGACGUUGAAGAGCAGCCGAUUGAUCUAUCAACACGAGCGAAAGCUAGCAUUGAGUCAACUGCUGAAGCAAUAGAUCUUGCACUUCUUAGAACACUAGAGCAGACAAUUUCACCAGUCAUUCCAUUGGACUUGCGAACCACAAACAUCAGCCAACUUGAAAAUCAGGACGAGCUUGUUUCAUCUGAACAGGCAUCUGUGACAAAGACCGAAGAGAGCAGCUUGAAAUCCACCAAAUCUAGUUCCUCUCCAAUCAUUGUUUCAUCACCUCCGAAUGCGCAGUCAUUGCCAUUUCAGCUAGCUGAGAAAACGUUCCGCGGAAACGUCAGCCAAGCAUUUUGGCCACGAGAGAUUAUAGAACCGAUCCCCAGUUGUUCGCCUCCAAAAAGAGCAAAAUAUUCACCAGGGAUAUCGUCGAGACUGAGUGAUAUGCCUAAAUCUGGAACAGGAUUAACACCUCAAGAAGCUGAUCAAGGCAUGGACUUUAUAGAUGAAUUUCAUUCUGAAGAUGCUAUUUAUGAUGUCGAAGGUGAUCCCACUCUCUUGAACGAUUUAUCUAUAUAUGAAUAUUUUGAAGAAUGUCAAUAUCAACAAACUGAUGACUCGUCGUAUUCUCCGGAUGAUUCGGACACCGAAGCAAAGCGACCAUCGUGGCGGCGAAAACGUAAGAACGAGCGUAAAAACACAAAACUAGCCAAAAAUUCAACGUCUCUAUCGAUCGACGAUCUGGUACAUGGCGAAUCAACAACUGACACAAAUAAAGGCAGUAAAUAAUUGUGGAAUUUUUCGGGUGCGGAAGCUCUUGAAUUGGAAUGUAACGAAGUUCAGGAAAAGAAAGUCAAUAUUCGCAAGCGCAAUAAACUUUUCAGAGAGAGAGGGCUCAUUUACACUCAUUCCGACGGAACAGUUGUUCCAGCAAGAGUAGUAAAGCCGGUUUGUGAUUGUAGGCUGAAAUGCCAAGAGAAAUAUCCAGACUCCGUCCGCAAGCAGCUGCUAGCCAAUUUACUGCGGCUAAAACUCUC